CCAGGCGGUCCUUCCGCCGUGGCGGAGCGCGGGCCCGUUUCCGGCCCUCCGCGGGUGCGGGCCGGGCGGGCGGCAGCAGCGGCGGCGGUGAUGGAUCUGUUCGGGGAUCUGCCCGAGCCCGGCGCCGCCGCGGGGAAAGAUUCCCAAAAAGGGCCUCUGCUGUUUGAUGAUCUCCCACCAUCCAGCAGUGCUGACUCAGGAAAAGAAGGCUCUUUGCUCUUCGAUGGUCUCCCACCAGCCAGCAGUGGUGACCCAGCCUCCAGUGCUACUAAGCAGGUCUCAUCAGCAGAGAGCCAAGAGAAAGGGCAGAAGAGAAAAUCCUUGGAGGAGGAGGACGAGAAGAAUGGCAGGGAAGAACUUGUGGAAAAGAAAGUUUGUAAAGGAUCUGUGGGCAUUCUUGGACUGAAGGGUUAUGUGGCAGAGAGGAAAGGUGAGAGAGAAGACAUGCAGGAUGCACACGUCAUCUUGAACGACAUCACCGAGGAAUGCCGGCCUCUGCCCUCCCAAAUCACACGGGUCUCGUACUUUGCUGUUUUUGAUGGCCACGGGGGAGUCCGAGCCUCCAAAUUUGCAGCGCAGAAUCUGCACCAAAACCUGAUUAAGAAAUUUCCUAAAGGUGAGGUAGCCAGUGUGGAGAAAACUGUGAAGAGAUGUCUUUUGGACACCUUCAAACACACAGAUGAAGAGUUUCUAAAGCAGGCGUCCAGCCAGAAGCCAGCAUGGAAAGAUGGCUCCACAGCUACUUGUGUCUUAGCUGUUGACAAUAUUCUCUACAUAGCCAACCUCGGGGACAGCCGGGCCAUUCUGUGUCGUUACAACGAGGAGAGUCAGAAGCACACGGCCUUAAGCCUCAGUAAGGAGCACAACCCCACCCAGUAUGAGGAGCGGAUGCGGAUACAGAAAGCUGGGGGAAACGUCAGGGACGGGAGAGUCCUGGGAGUGCUGGAGGUUUCUCGCUCCAUUGGGGAUGGCCAGUACAAGCGCUGUGGUGUGAUCUCUGUGCCAGAUAUCAAACGCUGCCAACUCACACACAACGACAGGUUCAUUCUGAUAGCGUGUGAUGGCCUGUUUAAAGUCUUUACACCAGAAGAAGCUGUGAACUUCAUUGUGUCCUGCCUGGAGGAUAAGAAUAUCCAGAUGAGAGAGGGGAAGCUGGAAGCCGACGCUCGAUACGAGGCCGCGUGUAACAGGCUGGCCAACAAGGCAGUGCAGCGGGGCUCGGCCGACAACGUCACCGUCAUGGUGGUCCGGAUAGAGCACUGAGGGACGAGAUGUGCUGGCUGCAAGGAGGGGAGAGGUCUGUGUGCAUGCAUGUGUGCCUGGGGGCGGGUGAGUCCUGCUGGAUGCUCUUCAGUGUAAAUAAAGAUGGUUUUUUUCUAA